CAACCGGAUUUUACCAAUAAAGCGGCUCAGGCCUGCAACCCCAAAAUCUUCCUCACGCGGAUUCGAUCGCAAUCGGAACCCUACUCUCCGAUCUACUGAAUUGCUCUUCCUUCUCUUCAUACAUCGAACGUAAUCGGGUCAGAUCUACGGGUGAUCAUUGCCGGAAUCCUUGUCGCGUCAUCUUGCCUGGAGUAGGGUAUAUUUGGUCAGAGGUACUCCAGAAUUGCCACAACAGUCGCUGUCGUGUUGUGGGCAUGAAUUUUCUGGGUGCUUACAGUAGGGAUACUUUUCCUCUUGCAGCCACCCAAAGGCAUCUUUUCAGUGGCAUUCUUGUUGGAGCUUGUGGAAAAGUCCCUUUGGAAGUCAACAAGAGACCAUAGCCUUCUUAUCUUGGCGAGUUUUCUGUUUGAAUUGAUCCUUAUACCUGCUGCAUUGUGGGACUUAUACCUUGGACUAUAAGAUGUCAGGCUUGAGGGAUGCUGAUGCUGAUGUGGUUGAAAAUCAGGAUAUUUCCAUGCCAUCAGCUCAGGAUGAGGAAGAGGCAGUUAAAAAGAAGUAUGGAGGAAUUGUGCCCAAAAAGCCUCCGCUCAUCUCAAAGGACCAUGAGCGGGCUUUCUUUGAUUCUGCUGACUGGGCGUUAGGAAAGCAAGGAGGGGUAAGCAAACCAAAAGGACCGCUUGAGGCACUGAGGCCAAAACUGCAGCCCACACCUCACCAGCAAUCACGCUCAAGGAAAUCUGUUUAUGCAUCCACUGAUAGUGAAGAUGGGGGGAAUGCUACUGCUGUUGCAGAGGAGGACACCAACAGCAGCAGCCAAUAAACAUUCUGAGAGCUAUUUAUUUUUGGUAGCUUUCAUAUAUUUUCCCAGUCAUGGCGAUUGUGCUGAUUUUGAAUCUUCCCUGAAUAAUUGUUGAACCUUCUUCAGCUUUAUUUUUACUGCGACUGUACCUCUUCCCGGCAUGCCCAUUUGUUCUGUGCUUGGAAACUUUCUUCAUUGGGGUUUUGUUGUUCUAAAGAAAAUUUCUGCUCCACUUGGAAUAUAUAUGAAUUGGUUAUCAAUCGUAUGAAGGAAUUACUUAUUACCA